CCCACAAUAAAGAGGGAAAUGGAUCCCGUUCCUGGGGCCGGUUCCCCAGAGCCACAACCACAAAUGUUACAGAUAAAGAAAGAAGAACCGGACCCUGAGGACCAUCAGACCCCAAUGGAAAGCUCAGCAGCGCCACUUACUGAUGGGGAUGUUGACUUGACUCAUGGGGAUGAACGGGAUCUUGUUAACUCCAAAUCAUUGUUACCCCAAUGUAAUUCUCUAGCACGUGAAUCUGGUGAUGCUUCUCCGAAUACCCCCAAGGUGCCGCUCCAAGGGCCAACCCAGCACAGACUGAGCUUGAACCAUAAAGCUGCUGGCCCAGAAACAUCGGGGGUUAUUUGCUGUAACUAUGGGAAAUGCUUUGGGUCGGAUAGUGGGAACCAAUGCGCUGCUGUGUAUCAGAGGGAACAUGCCCCGCCCAUUUGCACCCAGCGGGGGUUUAACCACGAUGCACUGCUCGGCCUCCAGAUUCCUCGGCUGUUGCACACCGGGGAGAAACCAUUCUCCUGCACAGAGUGUGGGAAAAGCUUUUGUCACAAGAGCUCCCUUAUAGCCCAUGAGAGGGCUCACAAAGGGGAGAAACCAUUCACGUGUGCAGAAUGUGGGAGGAGUUUCACUAUAAAGAACCGACUCACCAAACACCAGAAAAUGCACUCGGGGGAGAAACCCUUUGUGUGUUCAGAAUGUGCGAAAACAUUUUCCAUAAAGGAGGAGCUUCAGAAACACAUGUGGAUGCACUCGGGGGAGAAACCAUUUGCCUGUACUGAGUGUGGGAAAUGUUUCCCUUUAAAAAACAGACUAACUGCACACCAGAGAACUCACACAGCGGAAAAACCAUUCACCUGCACAGAAUGCGGCAUCAGUUUCUCCUUAAAGAGCCGGCUCAACAUUCACCAGAGAAUUCACACAGGGGAGAAACCAUUCACCUGCACGGAAUGUGGGAAAAGCUUCUCUAUGAAGAACAAACUUCAGAAACACGUGAGGAUUCACACGGGGGAGAAACCAUUCACCUGUACGGAAUGUGGGAGGAGUUUCUCCUUAAAGAGCCGGCUCAUUGCUCAUCAGAGGAUUCACACGGGGGAGAAACCCUUCACAUGCAAAGAGUGUGGGAAAAGCUUCUCUCUAAAGAAAGGUCUUCAGAAACACCUGCCAAUGCACACGGGGGAGAAACCCUACGCGUGCACGGAAUGUGGGAGGAGCUUCUCUCUGAACUGUAGCCUUCGCAGGCACCAGAUGGUCCACACCGGGGAGAAACCCUUUCACUGCAAAGAGUGCGGGAAGAGCUUCUCCAUAAAGAACGACCUUCAGAAGCACGUGAGGAUCCACACGGGGGAGAAACCAUUCACUUGCACACAGUGCGGCAAAUGCUUCUCUCAAAAGAGCAACCUCCAAAGUCACAGUAAGACCCACACAGGGGAGAAACCAUUCACCUGCCCCCAAUGUGCCAAGUGCUUCUCCCAUAAGUGCAGCCUGCGCAAACACCAGAAGAGCCACAGCAACCCCAAGCCUCCCAUAGAGAAGCCGUUCCAGUGCGGCCAGUGUGGGAGGGGCUUCUCUUACAAGUUCACCCUCCGGAAACACCAGAAAAUCCAUGUAACGCCGCAGUCGGCUAGAGACUCCCAGGAACCCCCCAUGCACUUUGUAUCCUGUUCUUAGGAACCCCUAAUCCCUCAGUAGGGGCCAGAGAUCCAUAGGCACCGAAUGUUGUACUGUAAGAGCCAACAAGGAGAAUCCAUCAUUUCCCUAUAGCAACCCCUAGCAACCAAUCAGCUGGUAGCAUUACUCUAUUGUGUUUGGAGUUUUGAAAGCAAGUGCCUGAUACGUUAUUAUGGGUUGGACUAGUGGGUUGGUACAAUGUUACUGAAUGUGGCUGCUGUUCUAAUUCCUUCUGUCUCUCCCAUUCACUUCUCUGUCCCAACAUACCUACUGGGUUUCUAUGGGUACUGGUACUGACUGGCCUAGGGUUUGUACUAUAUGAGUAUAUAGUGUAUAGUGUACCCACAACUGUAACCGUAUGUGUUAUUUAUAUGAUAAACUGAGAAAUCUGCCAA